AUGUCGACAACAGGAACACCGAUAACAACUUCUGGUUCAUCCAUGUCGACAACAGGAACACCUAUAACAACUACUAGUUCAUCCAUGUCGACAACAGGAACACCGAUAACAACUACGGGCUCAUCUAUGUCGACAACGGGAACACCAAUUACAACAACUGGUUCAUCCAUGUCGACAACAGGAACAUCAAUAACAAUUACUGGUUCAUCUAUGUCGACAACAGGAACACUCUUAACAAAUACUGGUUCAUCCAUGUCGACAACAGGAACACCCAUAACAACUACUGGUUCAUCCAUGUCAACAACAGGAGCACCCAUAACAAUGACUGGUUCAUCCAUGUCGACAACGGGCACACCCUUGACAACUUCAGGAUCAUCUAUGUCGACAACAGGAACACCUAUAACAACUACUGGUUCAUCUAUGUCGACAACAGGAACCCCCAUAACAACUAGUGGUUCAUCCAUGUCGACAACAGGAACGCCCAUAACAACUACGGACUCAUCCAUGUCGACAACGGGAACACCAAUAACAAAUACUGGUUCAUCUAUGUCGACAACAGGAACACCCUUAACAACUACUGCUUCAUCUAUGUCGACAACAGAAACACCCAUAACAAAUACUGGUUCAUCCAUGUCGACAACAGGAACACCCAUAACAACUACUGGUUCAUCCAUGUCAACAACAGGAACACCCAUAACAAAUACUGGUUCAUCCAUGUCGACAACGGGCACACCAUUGACAACUUCAGGAUUAUCUAUGUCGACAAGAGGAACACCUAUAACAACUACGGGUUCAUCCAUGUCGACAACAGGAUCACCUAUAACAUCUACUGGUUCAUCCAUGUCAACAACGGGAACUACAAUUACAACUAAUGUUCAUCCAUGUCGACAACAGGAACACCGAUAA